AUGGCGGAUGGAGAUAGUGACAAUGAUAGCGAUUUUCACUGGACUGAUGAUGAUGAAAAUAAAAGCCCUACAAAUCUUUAUGGGGAGGCUUCUGAGGCAGGUCCUUCUCGGCCUAGUUUAUAUUCCCAUUUCAUUGCAAUGGGGUUUAGUGGAGACAUGGUUGAAAAGGCCAUUAAGGAAAAUGGAGAAGGAGAUCCUGAAGCUAUUCUUCAAAUUCUACUAAAUUCAUCAGACGCUGGAAAGUCUCCUUUGCGCCCUGGAGAUGCCACUGCUGAACGUCCGGUUGCUGAUGAUGAAGAUUCCUCUGAUGAUUGGCAUAUUGAUGAUAAAGAGGACUUCAUAGACGAUUUGCCAUCAAAAGAUAGAAAAUUAUUGUUAUUGGUAGAUAUGGGCUACUCUCCAGAAGACGCAGCCGCAGCCAUAGACAGAUGUGGACAUGAAUCUACAAUUCUGGAGCUGGCAGAUUCGAUUCAUGCUGCUCAAAUCGCCUUGGAAUCUGAUGAAAUGGAACAGGAUUAUCCCAAGCCUCGUUUUGAGGCCGGAGAAGGAUCCAGCCGCCGUUCAACAACAGAGAAGAAGAAGACAAACGAUCCAAAACAAAAGUCAAAAAAAAGCAGCACCUUCAGAACCCGAAAGGAUCAUGUGAGGAAACCUCCCCCGGACUUGGACGAUGCAAAGAUCACCAUUCCCAAGCCAAUGGUAGGCUUCGGCCUCCCAAACCAGACCUGCAUCACACAAAGAACACUCCCAGAUGAAGCCAUCGGCCCCCCAUACUUCUACUAUGAGAAUAUCGCUCUCACACCCAAAGGAGUCUGGGAAACCAUCUCACGCAUUCUCUACAACAUCAAGCCAGAGUUUGUCGACUCCAAGUACUUCUGCGCAGCCGCCAGAAAGCGGGCUUACAUCCAUAACCUCCCAAUCGAAGGCCGGCAUCCGCUCCUCCCCAUUCCCCCCAAAACCAUCCAAGAGGCCUUGCCCAUGACAAAGCAAUGGUGGCCGAAAUGGGACCAGAGAACUCAGCUCAAUUGCCUGCACACCGCCAUCGCCACUAUUAAGAUAACAGAGAAUAUCACCAGGGCUUUGCGUGAAAGCGGAGAAAAUCCAAAGACAAGCGUGCGAGAUUACAUUAUAAGGGAAUGUAGGAAAUGGAACCUUGUCUGGAUUGGACAUCACAGGGUGGCCCCCCUGGAACCAAGUGAAUUCGAGAUGUUACUUGGUUUCCCAAUCAAUCAUACCAGAGGUGGAGGUACUAGCCGGACUGAGAGGUAUAAAUCAUUGGGGAAUUCAUUUCAAGUUGAUACAGUGGCUUACCAUCUCUCUGUUCUGAAGAAAAUGUUUCCUUAUGGGAUUAAUGUGCUGUCUCUGUUUUCCGGCAUUGGCGGAGCUGAAGUGGCUCUGCACAAUCUGAGAAUUUUUAUGAAGACAGUUGUUUCGGUUGAGAAAUCAGAGAUCAAUAGAAAUAUAUUGAGGAACUUUUGGAGGCAGACGAGACAGAAGGGGAAUUUGAUUGAUCUGGAAGAUGUGCGGCAGCUGGACGUAGAUAUGAUUGAGAGUUUGAUGAAGCAGUAUGGACCGUUUGAUCUCGUUAUUGGAGGAAGUCCGUGUAAUAACUUGACGGGGAGUAACCGUUAUACUCGUGAUGGUUUGGAGGGAGAGCAUUCCUCUCUGUUUUACGACUAUUUUCGUGUUCUUGACAUUGUUAAGUCAUUGAUGGCGAAGAAACGGUGA